UAGGGAGUCAUUUUUAUUCUUAAAUAUUCAUGAAUGAAGAAAAUCAUUUUUCUUCAUUCAUGAAGAAGAAAAAAGAAACUUUUCUUAUCUGGGGCAAAAGGGCAGGCGCUUGAGCACCACUAGGGGUCUGUCUGUGCACGCGCCUGCAUGGUCUGCUGGGGAUGUGUGCUGAUUACAGUAUAAUCAUGUAAAUUAAUUGAUAAUUAAACCCUAUUAUACUAUUCACGGUAUAUUCAGUAUCAGCUUGUUCCUCCCGCUUCAUUGAAGCCGCAGAGUUUACAAUAAAGAGAAUAGAAUUGAACUAGCGUCGCCUCAAAGGACUCAGCCCAGGUGCGUUCCCUAACACAACAGAUGAAAUCAAAAGGACCUCAAGGUCCGUUGGUUUGUUGAAUGGGACAUUUCUAAGUUAAAUAUGCCAGAUUAGAUCCUCUUCACGUUCAACAGUACCACGCUGACUCAGGGGUAAACAAACAAGAAACCACAUUAGGCUUCAGGCUCUAUACAUUAAGUUUGAACGAUGCAAACGCAUUCAAUGAAUAGAACUCGACCCUUAAAGUGAUCCCUUGCAUGUAUCACAUGGUGUCGUGCACUUCUUUGAGGAACGGGUGACUCAUUCAUUCAGAUUGCACACCCAGUACAUGGAAGAGAGACACAGAGAGAGAGAGAGAGAGAGAGAGAGAGAGGAAUAACCACCCAAGUGCCAAACAUGAGGCCAACCUUUCUCCUCCCAUCUCAUUCUUUCCUAUAUGGGCACCCGCAGAUGGAUUUGCACACAGCUCAGUCAAAGACCGAUCGGUGCUAGAGACCUAAGAGGAGGAACAAAAAGACAAAGACAGAGAAGUCUACAAGAGCAGAGAUUUUAACUUCUUCUGGCCAGCACUAAAAAGGUAAACCUUUCUGUCAUUAUUAGUGCAGAAUCUCCUCUUAUUUCAGGGUGGGGUGGACAACCCCUCCCCUGUCUUUUGAUCAUUUGUGCUCUUUGUAUUUUGCACGUUUUUUCUCACUGCGCUCGAAAGAGUUGUGCGUUCCUGGAAACACUGAAUUAUGUUUCCUUUUCCAUUUCUAAACUUUCAGUCAUGACUUGUUUAAACUCACAGACCAGCACUUUGCCUUAAAUGAAAAAAUCUCCUUGGAUGGACUCGGCAUGUGUUUCACUUAUCUUAUCAACUUCCUCCACCCUCUUGAUACGGCCUUCACGUUCUACAGGCCAACGCCACUGGCUGCAUGUGUACAUCCCAUUAGAUAAAUCCUCUCCCUUUGUUGUCCAUUAAACGAAGAACCUUUCAUAAUAAUUAAGUUGUCUUCUACGUCAGGAAAGAUAAAAUUGCAAUGGCGACACCCAAAAACACUCCCCGAGGUGGCAGCACGCCGCUGUCGCCCAACCGCAUCACGCGGCUCCAGGAGAAGGACGACCUGUGCAACCUCAACGACCGCCUGGCCGUCUACAUCGACAAGGUCCGGUCCCUGGAGAGCGAGAACGCCGGCCUGCGUCUGCGCAUCACCGAGUCGGAGACCGAGGUCAGCCGCGAGCUGACGGGCCUGAAGGCCGCCUACGAGGCCGAGCUGGCCGACGCCCGGCAGACUCUGGACGCCGUGGCCAAAGAGCGAGCGCGUCUGCAGCUGGAGCUGGGCAAGACGCGGGAGGACUACAAGGAGCUGAAGGCGAGGAACACCAAAAAGGAGUCUGAUUUGGCCGCAGCGCUGCAGAGGCUCAAAGACCUGGAGGCUCUGCUGAACUCCAAGGAUGCGUCGCUGACGACGGCUCUGGGCGAGAAACGAAGCCUCGACGUGGAGAACAGGGACCUGAAGGCGCAGGUCGCCAAGCUGGAUACCAGUUUGGCCGAUGCCAAAAAGCAGCUGCAAGACGAGAUGCUGAGGAGGGUGGACGGAGAGAAUCGCAUCCAGACCCUCAAGGAGGAGCUGGAGUUUUCGAGGAACCUCCACUCUGAGGAACUGCGGGAGACCAAGCGGCGUCACGAGUCUCGUGUGGUUGAGAUGGACAACGGCCACCUGCAGGACUUUGAAAGUAAGCUGGCCGAGGCGCUGACGGAUAUGCGGAGCCAACACGAACUGCAGAUCAAAAUGUACAAAGAGGAGAUUGAGAAGACCUACAACUCAAAGCUGGAAAAUGCUCGUCAGUCCGCGGACAGAAGCAGCCACCUGGUCGGGGAAGCACACGAGGAGCUGCAGCAGACUCGGAUCCGCCUGGAGUCCAUGUCCAGUCAGCUCAGCCAGCUGCAGAAACAGCUGGCGGCCCGCGAGGCGAAGCUCAGGGACCUGGAGGAUGCCCUGUCUCGGGAGCGAGACACCACCCGCCACCUGCUGGGGGAGAAAGACAGGGAGAUGGCCGAGAUGAGGCAGCGAAUGCAACAGCAGCUGGAUGAGUACCAGGAGCUCCUGGACGUCAAGCUGGCUCUGGAUAUGGAGAUAUGUGCGUACAGGAAGCUGCUGGAGGGAGAGGAGCAGAGGCUGCGUCUCUCCCCCAGCCCUCCGCCCGCCAAAAUGGCGGGGAGUCGCUCGUCGACCUCAGGGGUCCAGUCUCGCUCGGUCCACUACGGCGGUCAAAGCACUCCAGCAAAGAGGCGCCGCCCCAACGACACCGACAGCGAGGCCUCGAGCAUCGCAGGCGGAGCCGUCGCUCGCACUCGCAUCGCCCAGCAGGCCUCGGCCAGCGGGCGGGUCACCGUGGACGAGGUGGACAUGGACGGGAAAUACGUCAAACUCAGCAACAAAUCGGACGAGGAUCAGAAUAUGGGGAAUUGGCAGGUGAAGCGACAGGUGGGGUCCGGAGCUCCGAUCAUCUUCAAGUUCCCCGUAAAAUUCACCCUGAAAGGCGGCCAGAGGGUCACGAUCUGGGCAUCUGGUGCUGGUGGAACCCACAGUCCUCCCUCUGACCUGGUGUGGAAGACUCAGCCCUCCUGGGGCACCGGAGACCAGUUCCAGACCACCCUGAUCAGCGCCAACGGAGAGGAAAUGGCAAUGAGGAAGGUCACUCGCACACAGUUUGAAGAAGAAGAGGACGACAUGCAGGUGGCUCACAGCACCUGUGGAGACGGAGAGUACAACCUGCGCAGCCGGACGGUGGUCUGCGGCUCCUGCGGACUUCUUUCCGAUAAACCUGGGGGCAACUGCUCCGUGAGCUCGGCCUCCCGCUCCUUCCGCAGCGGAGGGAUCUCUGAGGGUCUACUGCCUCACUCCUACGUGUUCAGCUCCAGCACCCCUCGCAAGACGGGAGCCAGAAUGGAGAAGUGUCCAAUUAUGUGAGCCACCUGGAUCCACGCUGAAACAACUCCUUCAGUGUUUAAUUGUUAUACGUAUUUAGUGACUAGUUUUAGUUAUUAAGUUCAGUUAACUCCUUUAGGAAUCAUUUACAAUUACUGUAUGCAACACAACUUUAUACUGCUUUUUUCUAAUGUAAAUAGGCAUUUUUAUGAAAUAUUUUCUGGAAUAUGUAAGGUGAUUAAAAAAGUAAAGUGACAGAUAAAAUCACACUUUCUCAUGGCAAUAUCCUAGUUAGAUCUGAUGUACACUCUGUGAACGUAAACAUGCAGCAGGCUUGCAGUAUUCAUGUAUGUUUACUUAUUUAGAUUUUUUGUUUCAUUAGAACCAGCUUCUAAAGUUUCUUGUUACGAAUCUGCAGAAUGUGGUGUGUUGUUUUGCUGAUGUUGAUAAGCAUGUUUUUCAGAACCUGCCUUCUUCCACAAUAAUGAUGUGAUAGACAAAGUACUUUGCAGUCUUACAAAAGUACAAAAAUAUUAAGAUGGACGGGCUGUUUUAAUUGUGGGAUUAAAUAUAUGUGAUAAACUGUC